UGUUCCCUGCGCCUUCCGGAGGCUCGCCGCGCGCAUGCGCCCUCCGGCCCGCGCUUUGUUGCGAAAGCGAGGGGGUGGGGUCCUGCGGCCCUGGCGCGCCGCGCGGCUAGACGCGGCGGGCGGGGCGGAGGAUGGAGGCGGCAGCGUCCGCCGCAACGGUUGGGGCUGUGCGUGAGAAGGUGGCGGUGUAGGCACCUGGGCUGCGGGAGGCCGGCGGCGGCGGCCGGGCCAUGACGGGAGACCUUUUCCUCUGGGCUCCUUGAGGUGCGCUCCCUGAAGUCCCGGGGAGCCGUGGCCCAUGGGCUCGCUAAGCAGCCGAGUGCUGCGCCACCCGGGGCGAGCCCAAGCCCCGCAGGAGCAGGGUUCCGGGCCGGGGGGCUCGGUCCAGAGGCCGGAGACUGGAGGCGACGCGGCGGGCCAUGGCUUCUGUUACUGCCCUGGCAGCCGCAAGCGCAAGCGGAGCAGCGGGGCCUUCUGCUACUGUCACCCUGAAUCUGAGACAGACGAUGAGGAGGAGGAAGGGGACGAGCAGCAGCGGCUUCUCAAUACCCCUCGAAGGAAAAAAUUAAAGAGUACAUCCAAAUAUAUUUAUCAAACACUAUUUUUGAAUGGUGAAAACAGUGACAUUAAGAUUUGUGCUCUAGGAGAAGAGUGGAACUUACACAAAAUAUAUUUAUGUCAAUCUGGCUACUUUUCUAGUAUGUUCAGUGGUUCUUGGAAAGAAUCCGGCAUGAAUAUUAUUGAACUGGAGAUUCCUGACCAGAAUAUUGACAUAGAAGCACUGCAAGUUGCAUUUGGUUCACUGUAUCGAGAUGAUGUCUUAAUAAAGCCGAGUCGAGUUAUUGCCAUUUUGGCAGCAGCUUGUAUGUUGCAGCUGGAUGGUUUAAUACAGCAGUGUGGUGAGACAAUGAAGGAAACAAUUAAUGUGAAAACUGUAUGUGGCUAUUACACAUCAGCAGGGACCUAUGGAUUAGAUUCUGUAAAGAAAAAGUGCCUCGAAUGGCUUUUAAACAAUUUAAUGACUCACCAGAAUGUUGAACUUUUUAAAGAACUCAGCAUAAACGUCAUGAAACAGCUCAUUGGUUCCUCUAACUUAUUUGUGAUGCAAGUGGAGAUGGAUGUGUACACGGCUCUAAAAAAGUGGAUGUUCCUUCAACUUGUGCCUUCAUGGAAUGGAUCUUUAAAACAGCUUUUGACAGAAACAGAUGUCUGGUUUUCUAAACGGAAAAAAGAUUUUGAAGGUAUGACCUUCCUUGAAACUGAGCAAGGAAAGCCAUAUGUGCCAGUAUUCAGACAUGUGAGGUUGCAGUAUAUUAUUAGUGAUCUGGCUUCUGCAAGAAUUAUUGAACAAGAUUCUGUGGUACCUUCAGAAUGGCUAUCUUCUGUGUAUAAACAGCAGUGGCUUGCUAUGCUCCGGGCAGAACAAGACAGUGAGCUGGGGCCUCAAGAAAUCAAUAAAGAAGAACUAGAGGGAAAUAGCAUGAGGUGUGGUAGAAAGCUUGCCAAAGAUGGUGAAUACUGCUGGCGGUGGACAGGUUUUAACUUCGGCUUUGAUCUACUAGUAACUUACACUAAUCGAUACAUCAUUUUCAAACGCAAUACACUGAAUCAGCCAUGUAGUGGAUCUGUCAGUUUACAGCCUCGAAGGAGCAUAGCAUUUAGAUUACGUUUGGCUUCCUUUGAUAGUAGUGGAAAACUAAUAUGUAGUAGGACAACUGGCUAUCAGAUACUUACACUUGAAAAAGAUCAGGAGCAAGUGGUGAUGAACUUGGACAGCAGGCUUCUGGUCUUCCCUUUAUAUAUCUGCUGUAACUUCUUGUAUAUAUCGCCAGAAAAAAGAACUGAAAAUAAUCGUCACCCAGAAAAUCCAGAAAACUGAGGAUCUCAUCAGUUGGAAACAGUAGCACUUUGAAAACUUUUUAGGCCAGCUUUAAUGUAAUGGCCCUGCUGAUAUUCACAUCUAAGGUGACUAACAAUGACAAAGGCCUUAUGAACUGUACAGAUAAUACAGAAGAUUAUUCUUAUCCUUAUUACAUUUCUAUGUAUAUGUGGAAAAGAACAUUUUAAAGCCAAGAAAAUAUAGGUCAAACCAUUUCUGUUAUAAAGAUGUCAAUUCAUGCUUUUAAUUCAGCAUCAGUAGAAAAUUGCUAUAAGUAAAUCUCAUAUUUCUGUGCAAGAAAAUAUAGAUUGAAUUUUUAGCUUAAACUUUGUUCCAGCCUUGUGUUAGUGAACCUUAGUCAUCCAUCUGUAAAUUUAUUUGGCUAGAAGAAUGCUAAAGGAAUAAUUUGGCCAAUUGUAAAUGCUCUUUCAGUUGGUGCACUUAAAGCUGUCCUUUAAUUUUUUUACCUGCUCGUUAUGAUUCCUUCUUUUAGUCUAAUAUGUUUCCAAUAUAUCCUUGUUUUUAGUCAUUAAGUAUGUUUUUCAUGGUUUUAGAGACUAAGCUGAAGAACUUUUUUUUAAAUGUAAGCAUUUUCAUAUUUUCUUUUAAUGUAGCUUUUCUGGGAAUUUUAACAAAAAAAAAUCAGCUUCAGACCUACAAAUGAACUUGAAUGAGGGAAAAAUCAGUUUGAUUCUGAGCAUAUUUCUUACCUUCCUUGGUCUUUUCUUUGAUAUUUGUACACUUUUAUUGUUGUGUUAUAAAUUAUUUAUGUACCAGAUAUUAUACUUUUAAACAUUUUAAUAUUCUCUGAUGUUUAAAAUUAUUUAUGUUCACAUUUUAGUUGGAAAUUCUGUUUCCUACUUAAGCUCAGGACUUUAUAACUUCUGAAUUGAGUGAGUGCCUUUAAGUUAUACAUACUAAUAGAAAUUUCAUAGUCCAUGUAAAUAAGGUUGGAGGAUCUAAUAUAGAAGCUGAUAACAAAGCAUUAAUGUAAAAAAGGAAGUUAUUUUUGUCACAUCAGAUGCAUACUUGUCAUGAUUUAUGUAUGUUGGCUGCUUAUGUUUAUUGCUAAUUUGAAAAUAGCCAUCCAUGUUCAUUUUCUUCCAGAGUAAGUACUUCUAUGGUUAAUGUAUAUUUUUAGUAUGUUUUUUUAAAACAGGAAUCAUUUUUAUGUAUCUGUGAAAAUAACAAAUGCUCAUUUGGAAAAAAUAAAUAAGCUCUUAUAUAAAAUGGACCCCAAAAACCCCUUAAUUGAAACCAGAAUUUUUUUUUCUUUCUAGUUAGAUAUUUUUCCCAACUACUUUUAACUUUUGGAAUCUAUUGAUAGUUUUUCUUUCCCAGUAAUAUGUCCAUAGGCUCAUAAAUUGCUUUUGUCCUUUCAGAAUUCCUCCACUUGAUUUAACUAACUUAAAGGAAACUUUUAAAUGCCUCCCCUUCAACCCCUAGAGCUGUAAUUUAAAUGUUUCUAAUACAGCGAUCUGGCUGUAUCAAGAGACUACAUUUCUUAUUUUUAUAUUUGGCUGUAAUAUCUCUUUCAUGAGAUGCUGUUGCUUUCUUUGUAUUUUAUUACACCUGUAGUAAGAGGUCUUUACCCUUUAUUAAAAAUUAUAUGAAUACCAAACUUGAAUUAUUUGAAUAAAUUUGUUUUAAUCUUGAAAGUAAAUAUAACUAAUGUUUGAGUAUAUUAAUGAGUAAAACUAACUGUUUCACUUAUAUAAAUUAACUGGCCAAAUUGGAAUUAUAUAUGGUUCCUGUUCACUGGUUCUGUCCUGGCCAAGUUACUUAUUUCAUCCAUUAGCAAGAUGAUUAUUUCUUCAGUCACAAAUAGGUUAUGUUCUUAUUUGAGAAAUUGAUAAUUGUCAGCUAGUACUUCUCAUUGAUAGUAAAAGAUGUGUCUUUGUUUUCUUACCAAAUACUUUUACAUGUAUGCAUAAUUCUUUUCAAUAGGAAUAUUUUCAAUAAAGUGUUAAUAGUGUCCGUUAAAGUGUCAUAAAAACUGUAUAUGAAAGCUUUUGUGUUUGUCAGCUUUUGCUUUAUAGCCUCUCCUGGUCCUUAUUUUUGCUUGUCUAUCUGUAGAGGUCCCUAAGAGAAUAUGUUCUAGGAUUUCACACUACAUUAUUAAAGAGGGAUCUGAAUGUA